GGUAUCAACAUAUUACAAUACAGUCUAUGGUCGGCGAUCAAACGAUGGCGUUAACGAUCUUGUGUCUCCUCGGCCUAUUGGCAUUUUCUCAAGCUGGAAUUUUGAAACCAUACUUUGAUCCUAGAAUCGUGAAUGGAGAAGAUGCCAAAGAAGGCGAAAUUCCAUAUCAGGUUUCUCUUCAAGACAAAUAUUCUUCCUUCCACUUCUGUGGCGGCUCAGUCCUGUCUGAACACUACGUUAUCACGGCAGCUCACUGUGUUGCGGGCAAAUCAGCCUCGAGCGUAAAAGUUAUUGCUGCCACCAUCAAUCUGAACAAGCCACAACUGACAAAUGAGGUCACAAAUAUCUGCGUGCACGAAAGAUAUGACUCCUCUGAUUCCUGGAUUAACGAUGUUGCUUUAUUAAGGGUGAAAGAUGCCUUUGUAAGAUCUGCAGUCCUUCAAUACGUUCCUUUGCCACCAAAGGGCCACGUUGUCAACGCCAACGAUGUUGCUGUUGUAUCAGGAUGGGGCCGACUUUGGCAAGGCGGACCAACUACUGAAAAAUUACAACGAGUCAACAUUGUGAUUGCUGACCAAGGCUACUGCGCCAAUAUAUACAACAAAAUGGGACACCACGUCUAUGACACACAAGUUUGCGCAUACGAUCCGCAAGUGGAGAAAGGAUCUUGCCACGGUGACUCUGGUGGUCCACUGACCGUCGGUGGAGUACUCGUUGGAUUGGUAUCCUGGGCGAAUGGUUGCGCCAGUACUUCCUACCCGACUGUUUACACACGUGUCGUCUCUCAUGUUGAUUGGAUUAAAUCUAAUGCGGUCUAAUGCAAUUCUAUUCUAUGAUUCAUUCGCUGCGUUUUUUUUUAUGUAACCCUUUAACGAUCAAUUGUUGAAAUCGAGAAAAGAAGAUUUUCUGGUGUGUAUACAGAUACGAUAACGAUGUGACGUAGGGUUGUACAAAAUAAGUACCCUCAAAAUUUUGUACACAUUUUCAACAUAAUAAAUAUGUAUAUAUAUGUAUAUAUAUUGUUUAAAUUUGUACAAAGAAGAUCGUUAAUAAAUAUAUUUAGUUUGUA